AUGGAGAUCCUCACUCUGUUCUGUAAGAAGGUUGUAGUUUCAGGUGAGUGGGAAGGUUUUGCAAUCGUGCCGGGGGGAGAAAAGGUGAAUAUUCUUCAAUUUGCAGGUGAUACACUGUGCUUUGUGGAUGCCUUUCCCUCUCAGGUGGAGUUAAUCCUUGGGAUCUUGUCUUGGUUUGAAGUGACAAUAGGUCUUAAAGUUAAUUGGAACAAGAACCAAAUCAUCCCAGUAGGUCAUGUCUCCAACUUAUUAGAGUGUGUUGAUAUUUUGGCUUGUCAAAUUGAGUCCCUUCCAGUCAAAUAUUUGGGACUCCCUCUAGGGGUGAGUGGUGGUUCUUCUACAAUUUGGGACCCGGUUAUUGAGAGAUUGGAAAGGAAACUGGCCUCUUGGAAGACAAAAUACCUCUCAUUUGGGGGUAGGGUGACUCUGAUUAAGAGUACUCUCUCCAAUUUACCUAUCUACUUCCUGUCUCUAUUCUCUAUUCCUAACAAGGUUGCAAAUCAGAUUUAA